UCCCCGUUGCGUUUUGUUGGAGCGUGAUGUUGGCGCAGAACCGCAAUGGAGAAGCCAUCGUCGUCGCGAAGAAAAUCGAGCACGAUGGUGAAAGCUUCAACUGAUGCGAACACAAGCCUGAGCAUGCUGAACGAGGACCUUCUUCAGAACAUUCUAGCGAGGCUUCCUUCUCUACACUUCGCUUCCGCAGCUUGCGUCAGCAAAUCAUGGAACUCUCUCUGCAGUCGCAUCCUCUCUCGCCCCAAGCUCUCUUCGGCGAUCUCUCUCAACCCUUCGCUCCCCGAUGCUGUCAACGAGGUUGUUCACAAGGUUCUCUCGGAGCCAAUUCGACCCCAUUUUGCUAUUGCCAAUAUCGGAACUGGAUUCAACACUGCCAAGACUCUGUGCCUUAUUAGAAAGUCGUUGGGGUUCAAUAUUCCUGUUAUUGUUACCGUGGCGAAUGGUAUUAUGGGAAGGGAUGCUGUAACCGAUGAGUUUAAAGAGGUCAAAUGGGGUGCCCUUUUUAGCGGCUUUGGCGAGGAAUCAUAUACGAGGUUUAUAAACGAAGGCUUAGUUUUGACUGUUGGGUACUUGCCUGGAUUGAAAGUUGAAGCAUUGCCGUUGCGACGGCCAACAAAGACAUCGCAAGCAACAUGGGUUGACAAUUUCAUAAAGGAUAUUAAGGAAUAUUCAGCCUCUGUCUCCAGUAGCCCUUUCCCUGUUGGGAUUAUAUUGUUUGGAGAAGCAAGCUGUGACAUGAAAUUGGUUCUGGAGAAAUUGGAUCAUGCCAUGCCUAUGGACAUGGUCAUUGUGGGUGAUGAGAGAGGCUCUUUUGACUUUGUACACAAAAGUGGGAAUGAUUCUAGAAUCAUUUGUAGUAAAAAAGGAAACAUAGAAGCUGUUGCUCUUGUAUUUGCUCAGGACAGGGACAGGUCUUUGGGAACUAUUAGGUUUCAUGUUGCAUUGUCAAAUGGUGUUUCCACUGUGGGUCCCAGAUACAAGGCAGCCUCAGUUAAAUCAAACAGUGCUGAUUGUUCAACAUGGCUAACUGCUAGGAGGGAAGGGCAACAGGAAAAUCUUGACGGUCAGAGUAUUCUACUUGAUAUCAACAAUUUGCUGGACAAUCAUAUUGAGUCUCCUGAUUUGUACAUUGGGGUAAUUAAACAUAGGAAAUUAUCCACUGGAGCAGAGAAGCCAAUGCCAAGAACUUGUAUUGCAUAUCAUGGAGUUGUGGGAGGUGAUGAAGAGUAUCUAUAUGUUGAUGGCAUUGGCAUAAAAACAGGAGAUAUCUUUCAGUUCUACUAUUCAGAUCCUAAUACUGCCUUAGCUUCAUUAACCAAGGUCCAUGAUGCCCUCAAGAGUAUUCAUCUGGAAAAAAAUUCCAAGAGUUCCAAGGGUGAUGGAGACAACGCUACCAAUGUUUUUGGGGGUAUUGUUUUUGCUUGUUACGGCCGUGGUGAAUCCUUCUUUGGACGUCACAAUGUUGACAGCUCUCCUUUCCUAGAGAAUUUUCCAGGAGUGCCAGUGUCUGGAAUAUUUUGUGGUGGAGAAAUGGUGCGUCCUUGUACCACUGUGAUUGGUCAAUGUGAAGGAGCAAGCCCCAUUAGUUGCUGUCUGCAUGUUUACAGCACUGUCUACUUAGCAAUGUCAUAUACUCCUCCCUCUGUGGAAGAUUAGAUGCCGUUCAUAUUUUUUUUCUUUUCAAAAUGUAAAUUUCUUAUUAAGUCGGAUGCCUUUUUUUACCCUCUGCCGUGCACAUGGAUCUGAGUAUCUUUUGGUGUACGAGAUAUUUUAUAGUAUUUGAUGAUUAUGGAAUUUUUGUUGUGCUAUAUGAAGUUUUUGUUUAUUGUAAAACUGACUUCACACCUUCUGAAGCUGAAGUUCUGGUAAUAUGAAGCUUCACAGGAUGUAAUUUAGGUUACUGUUUCUUCUGGGAGCCUUGUUACUAGGGAUUGCUGAGUGCUUUGUAAACGGUUUGGUCUUAACUGUCAAACGGGUUUAAUGUAUUGAAGCACUCGGAAUUAUGAA